AUGAUGAGCGUGAAACUAUGGCGUGUAUUAUUAGCGUCGACAAUAAUUAAUGGAUUUUUUAGUGCCGCAUCUCCAGGUGAUAACCUGGAUGAAUUUAUUGAUUGUUGUGAUGCAUGUGAAUAUCAAAGAAAAUGUCCAAAUUCAUGGGUUGAUUGGGUCAAUCCUGAAGAAAAUGUAUUUGCUAAAGAGAAAUUUUCAGAGACUCCAAUCAUUUUAUCGAAAUUUUUGUUUUGGGACUGUAUAGCAGAUUGUGAUUAUCAAUGUCAACAGAUUAUCACUCAGAUAAGAAUAAUAAAUGAUGAAGAAAUAUAUCAAUUCCAUGGUAAAUGGCCAUUUUUAAGACUUUUCACAAUGCAAGAACUUUUCUCUACUAUUUUCAGUAUAGGUAAUUUUUUCCCACAUUAUUAUUCGUAUUUAAAGAUUACUGCUAAGAUAAAUAAAAUUAAACUUUUAGGGGUAGAUGUACAAAGGACAAAGAUCUUACAGAAUUAUUUAUAUGUUGCCAUUGCAGGUAUGUGUGCAUGGACAGCAUCUUCAAUUUUCCAUUGGAGAGAUUUAAUAAUCACUGAGAAAUUUGAUUAUUUUUUCGCUGGAAUGACUGUCUUAAUGGGAUUUCAUGCUAUCUUUGCUAGGUUGACUCAUUUGGACCGUUAUCCUAAACUAGGUAAAUAUUUUUCCGGAUCAGUGGCAUUCAUAUUCUUCUUACAUGUUUUAAGAUUAUACAUCGAUUGGUCUUAUACUUAUAAUAUGAGAUUUAAUAUCUUUUUCGGUAUAAUGCAAUAUUUGCUAUUGUUGACAUUAGCUUUACAAAAUUAUUUGUAUUUGAAAACGGAAAGACAUAAUAUUAGUAGAUCGAUCUAUCUGACACAAUCACAAUUGAUCUUUAAACUAUGUAUUGUCCCUGUAUUAAUGGUUGUGGGUACCUCCAUGGCAAUGUCAUUAGAAUUAUUCGAUUUUUUCAUAUUUGACUAUCAAAUUGAUGCACAUGCUAUAUGGCAUCUAUGCACGAUAUGGCCAUCCUGGGUCUUAUACAGUUUCUUCACAGAUGACUAUGACCUAGUCUUGAACAAACAAAUCAAAAAUUAA